AUUCCCUCUGUCACUCACUCAAAAACCUGACUCUUCACAGCUUUCCCUUCUUUUUACAGAAAACCACCACCAUUAUCUCAUCUUUCGAGCAGCUCUUCUUUCCAUUGAUUUUAACCAGAAAAAAAAAAAAGGAAAAAAGAAACCAUGAACUUCUCUUGAAAUCCAUUCACAAGCUUGAAAUCCUUCAUUUGCAUAAGCAUUAACCUGAAAUUGCUGGUUCAAACGUUAUCCCUGCUGCCAUGGUUUCGUUAGGUGAUUCCCGCUCCAGCCAACUUCCUGCUACGCGGACUCACUGCUCUUCCUCUACUUCUUCUCAGUCUUCAUCUAAAGUUCAGAGGCCCUUAGGUCGAUCCAUGCGAACAUUUCGGUCCAAUUUAUUCCAGAAAGAAAACACCUGCUCAUUUCCAGGUCCGGACACCGAUAAAUCUUCCGACAUCUCGGAAAACUUAACGGAAUCCAUCAUCGAUUUCAGACUUAGAGAGCUUGUAUUGGAGAACAACAAACCAGUCAAGUCCCCAGUUCCUGACUCCGAUUUACUUGAACUAUCUCAAGCUUUCAGUGAUUUCUCGGCCUGUAGUAGCGACAUUUCAGGGGAGCUGCAAAGGUUGGCUUCUCUUCCAUCAUCUGAAGAACAACACAACUGCGAAUCCUCUGAUCUGGAGCCUGAGCCAUGGUUAGGAUUUCUGCAGCGGGAGAAUCUCUCAUCGGAGAUCUUCGAGAACAUUUCUCCGGAAAAUCUCGAACCAGCGGUGAAGAUCUGCGUGGACGGUCUUCAAUCGCCGUCAGUUGCCGUAAAACGCUCAGCCGCAGCGAAAUUGCGCCUCUUGGCGAAGAAUAGAUCCGAAAACCGAGCACUGAUCGGUGAAUCCGGCGCCAUCCCAGCAUUGAUACCUCUCCUUCGCUGUACCGAUCCCUGGACACAAGAGCACGCGGUAACUGCUUUGUUAAACCUCUCUCUCCACGAAGGGAACAAGUCCCCCAUCACGAAUGCCGGAGCCAUAAAGCCUCUCGUUUACGUUUUGAAAACCGGUACAGAGGUGUCGAAGCAGAACGCCGCAUGUGCUCUACUCAGCCUCUCGUUAAUCGAAGACAACAAGGUUUCAAUCGGUGCUUGCGGAGCGAUCCCGCCGCUGGUCUCUUUGCUCCUGAGCGGAUCAAAUCGAGGGAAGAAAGACGCACUUACGACGCUCUACAAGCUCUGUUCUAUGAAACAGAACAAAGAGAGGGCCGUUAAUGCAGGAGCCGUGAAACCGCUGGUGGACUUGAUUUCAGAGCAGGGGAGCGGUUUGACGGAGAAGGCGAUGGUGGUUCUGAGCAGCUUAGCUGCAAUUCCAGAGGGAAGAACUGCCAUAGUCGAAGAAGGAGGGAUUGCAGUUUUGGUUGAAGCGAUCGAAGACGGGUCGGUGAAAGGGAAAGAGUUUGCGGUACUGACGCUUCUGCAACUAUGCGCGGAUAGUGUACGGAACAGAGGAUUGUUGGUGAGAGAAGGUGGGAUCCCGCCGCUUGUUGCGCUCUCUCAGACGGGCACGGCUCGAGCGAAGCAGAAGGCCGAAACGCUGCUCGGGUACUUGAGAGAGCCCAGGCAAGAGGCAUCGUCGUCGAGUCCUUGACUUAUUUACAGAGGUAAUGCAUUACCCAGCUAGUGUUUUAUUUUUUUUGGUUGAUUUUUGUUCUUUGUAUAUGAUCGAGUGGUUUUAAAUUUUAAUGGGCUUGUACAGUGUGCCAGAGGGAGAGAGAGAGAGAGAGAGAGAGAGAGAGAGAUGGAAGUUGGACAUUAUUGUAGCAGAAAGAAACUGACAUUAGGUUUAGAAAUAUGGUCGCUUUAGGAGUUUUGUGGUGAUUUUGGGGAUUUGGGUUAUGAUCCUGUGUUUUGUUUAGGUGAUCCAAAUUCUGUUUGAACAGAUUACUGAUGUGAGGGCGUGGGGGGAGGUAGAGCCUAGAGAGGGCUUGAACUGAACUGCAUCUGUAAUAUUUCAUGUAGUAAUUAAUAACUGUAUUGUUGUUUCUCAAUCAAUCCAGUGGCAUUGGGUUUUUGGUGUUGCCA